GUUGGCGAGCCCAGCGCUCCUGCGCAUCGACAUCUCCCGAGGCCUGAGUGUACUUGUCGUAGUACUCGUACAUCUGCGGGAAGCGUGUCAGCGCAUAUCUUCCACUCAUGGUAGCUAAUGGCACGCACCUCCUGGUGGUCCUCCUUGAUCGCGUCGGUCAGGCUACGGCUCGACAUGGCUCGGUAUGCGACUAGACGUUGGAUUCCGGUUGAAAAAGCUGGCAAUUGCGUGGGCAAUCGACGCGCGGUGGAAGUCGCUCGGGUCAGGAGGGUUCGGGGGAGCAUAGUGUGGAAGGGGAGGGGUUUUUAUACCCGCCAUUCAUUGAGGAUUUAUAGCGAACCCGCAUAGUCUGGCAUGACGCAGCUGACGAAAUGGCCAUCGGCGAUUGGCUGAGCGGAAAGUACACGCCCAAGUCGCCUACAUCACGUCUGUACACCUUCACGACACCCUUCUCACGUCCUUCUCUCCCCGCGACCGUCGAGAUCCUAGCUGGUGCUAGAGACGCUACGGACAGGCUCCACGCGCUGCAACGACCCGCCAAGAUCUCCCGAGCCAUCCGUACCCCUACCACACACUACCCGACUUCCCUCAGCGCGAUGGACGCGAUCGCCUUCCCGUCUGCAGCGCAGACCUUCGUGAUCGAGCUCCUCGACAUGAUCAUGCUCACGUACCGGGACGACGGAGACGUAGCCCCCUCGCCCUCGGAGAUCCUCAAGCUUGCUCACGUCUGCCGUCACUGGCGCGACGUCGCGCUUGGUCAACCACGCCUCUGGACCCAGCUCGUCGUCGCUCUCCGCCAGCUGGCGACGCCGCGCAACGCACAGCAAGUGAUGCGCUGGUUCGGCCGCGCGUCCCCACACCAGGUCGAUCUUCAGAUCGGGGACCCGUGGAAUUCGUCCAACCUUGCUGUGGGCACCGUCAUCCCGCUCGUGCUGCUCCGGGUCACCUCCCAGCUGCGCGGCCUACGCAUCUACUGCGAUCGGGACUGGUACCAGCUGCUGGCGGGCCUUCCCAGCGACGCCUUCCCUGCCUUGCAGCGUCUCCACAUUGAGGCCUCCAACCAGACGCAGAACACGGCGCAGACGAUCACCUGGACGUGCCCGCGGCUCGAGCAGCUCUUCCUCUACAACAUCACGCGCAUCACUGCAUGCGACAGCCUCGCGGCCAUCAUGCAUGCUCCGUGGGCGCAGAUGCAAGAACUGGCCCUCACGGGCAUCGAUGCCGAGUACGACGUUGGGCCUGUCUUCUUCCAAUGCGUGCGCCUCCGCCGCGCCGAGCUCGUCCUCCACGGCGCGUUCUUCGACGAUCCGGCGCACAGGCCCGCUAAGAUCGUGACGUUCCCCUUCCUGACCGCGCUGAGUGUCACCUUCGAGGUGUUCCCGGAAGAACUGGGCACCUGCGCGCACUUCCCCGCCCUCGAUGCGCUCCAUCUGUACGACGAGCGCAACUGGAGUGCGUUCGGGCAGCCUUGGGCCCCUCUCUACCUCUUGGCGGAGCGGUCAGCGCAAGUGACGGACCUCACGCUCACGCUCUUCGAUCUAACGGGAGAGGGGGAUCGGGAUGCCUGGCUGCUCUUCGAGCGCUUCUCGAACUUGACGCGCCUGGUCUUGAGAUCGGUCUGCGUCUACCCUCAAGAGGUCGGGUACAUCGGGGUCACCGCGACGGACGGUGGCGUCCUUCUUCCAAAUCUCGAGGUCUUGCGUUACGAGGGCGCAUCUCUGGCCUGGGUCGGUGUCCUCCAAGACAAUGUCGGCGUCCUAAAGCUAGCGUAUCGCAAUAUUCACUCCUUCCUUGAGGAAUAUGUUGUUCCUGGACAUAUCCCGCUGAAGGAGUUUCAUGGCAGCUGGACCGACGAGUUUUACGAUAACCUUGCCGAGGAUGACGACGCAGCUAAGGACGACGACGCAUGCCAGGACCAGGCUCAGGAGGUUCCCGAGAAGGAAAGCUCGGCCUACCCAGUGGAGACGAUCGACGAGGGCAUCCUACGUUCUCUUAGGGAGCUACGAGACAAGCUUGCACCGACUGUAGAUAUCAGCUUGCAAGGCUUGUAAGGGCGAUACCAGGACUAGCGACUCAUACCACUAGUGAGCUUGAGCUACACGGAAAUUCCGUUUUGCUCAUCGCUCCUGGGAAGCCCACGCUUGGUCCACCGUCCUGAGAGAUGACCUUCAAGUGUAGCCCCGCGCGUGUAGUCUCUGCGUAUGCAGUAGCUAUAUUGAAGGAGCUGAAGGGGCAGGCGCCAUUGACGGAUUUUCUAUACGGAAGUUGUGUAGCUCAAGCUCCCUACUGCUACACUUCCACACUUUCUCUUUUACGCACUCCAACGGAACGCUAACGGCCUUCCACGACAAGCUAGAUGACAUGUACGACAUACUUGUACACUACCCGCGUCAUACUGUACUACACAUCCACAUCUUACACACCACUUCCACUUCCACUUCCACCGCCCACGGCACACUAGACACCACUGAAGACCUACCAUAGACACUACUUACUGGCACGCUAAUGUACGCUACAUAAUCGCAUGAAUUCCUUGGUUUGAAGCUUU